UAGAAUAUUGCCCCCUGACAAAAAUUUCCGAACGUUCAAUUUUACUGUAACAUCGCCAUCGGUAAUAUGGCUCUCAUUACUUGGAAGCCGUCAAAGAACCAUUACAAAGACGUCUUAACAGGGAAUCAAUGCAAAACACAAGCAGAAUGCUGAUUGUUCAACUUUAGCAUCAAGGCGAGUAUCGCUUGCGGCGUUUGCAGAGUGAGUGCAGACGCAGUGAGUGACCCAACCACCUCGGCCACCGUCGUCACUGCGCUAUCGUGCGAUGGCCCCGGCGUAAACACGAUGGAGGUGCGAUCAGCAGCGCUAGUUGAGCACCGCACCACGCCGCCACGUCAACACGUUAGCAACCGCGGAAACCAGGCAGAAGAAGUGCAGAGACUGCAAUCGUUAUCCGAGGCAGAAAGCGAAGAGAAAGAGCGAAGACUACAGUCUUUACCCGACGCAGGAAGCCAGGACGAUCAGAGGUUUCCCACAGCAGGGGAGAGCACCAUCCGUGAGACGCAUGCGGCUGACCAAACGAGGGCGCCGCUCGCACGCGAAACUGACGACCGACGAGGCGUCCUAGACGGGGAAACGUUGCCAUCGCCCGACGUGGCGCCCCCUUCUGGACUCGCCGACGAUGCUCGAACGCCACGCAAUGCGGGAGCGACCGAGCGUCAGAAAUCUGCGAGUGCAUCCUCCGAUGCAACACCGCUUCCUCUGCCGGGCGAGUCGCAACCGCGCUGCGUCGAUGGCAGUAAUGGCGAUGAGUUGAGACGGAUGGGGAAGGGGCGCAGUGAGACGGAGCGCGCGUCAACGGACGUCUCCUCGGAGCGACGGCCCAGAGCUUCACAAGCCGAAGUUCCCAGUGUUAGGGAGAGGAACAGCGAUGUCGGGGUGAAGGAGGACCUGCUAGAGGAGGGGGACGGCAGGGAAACCAGCAGAGACAUCGAGAGAGGUGACAACGAGCAGGAGGAGGAGGAGGAGGAGCAUGCAGAGGAGAUGGAAGAUGAGUCCAGGGAAGAGGACGAGAAGGAGAAGGAAGGUGAUUCCAAGCAGGAGGAGGAGGAAAAGAAGGAAGGUGGGCCGCCCGCGCGAAACGGAGGCGAAAUCGGAUGCUCCUCGAGACGCUGUGUAGAUAGAGGGCGUUGCCGCACUGUGCAGACAGAGGGCGUUGCUGCUGCUGCUGCUGCUGCUGCUGCUUGUGAGACAUGGAGGAGGAGGAUGAGAUACGGACCGUGCUCGGCAGCGUGAGGCAGCGACUCGCACGCGAUGAUGACGAUGACUGGGACGUUGACGUCGACUCCUUCAUCAACCGCCGCCGCCGCAGCACCGACGCCGGCGCCCCCUCGCAGGCGGACGACGACGACGAUGAC